CAUUCCAAUUGCAACCAAAACCCCAAAACCUCAAAUUCGAGUUUUCAGCAAGUUAUCCUCUGAAGAUGUCUGGUCGUGGAAAAGGUGGAAAGGGUUUGGGCAAGGGAGGCGCCAAGAGGCACAGAAAGGUUCUCCGCGAUAACAUUCAGGGCAUCACCAAGCCUGCAAUUCGUAGAUUGGCGAGAAGGGGUGGUGUUAAGAGAAUCAGUGGCUUGAUCUACGAAGAGACCAGAGGGGUUCUAAAGAUUUUCUUGGAGAACGUGAUUCGUGAUGCUGUCACCUACACCGAGCACGCUAGGAGGAAGACUGUUACUGCCAUGGAUGUCGUUUAUGCGCUCAAGAGGCAGGGAAGGACCCUCUAUGGAUUUGGGGGCUGAACAAUUUCUUUGGUCUGAUCAACUACUUUUUUUCUUGAAUUCCCUAAUGUUUAGUUUAUGAUUGUUGUGUAACAUAUGAAUGCCUUUUGGGUUGUCUUUUGCACACAAAAUGUACAACUUUGAUUGAAAUCGAAUGAAGGAGUAUUGCUUUUUGCUGCA